AUGCUAGCGAAAGUAAAAAAAAUAACUGGCCAAUCUGAGCCACCGAGUUUCCUAGUCCAAUGCAUUCGGUGUCUUCCCAAACCCCUAUCUCACAAGCUAGGUUGCAGCCUGCGGUUCACCAAGAAGUCCAGGGAAGGGUUUAUGUGCUUGACCUGCACGAAGACGUGUACGAGUGCUCAUGGCUACACCAACCUGAUCACGCAUCUCCCCACCAAUCACCCGACCUAUCUUGAAGACGCCUCUCAAGCCGCGAAGGAGCGCAACUCACUCCGCCUACGAGUUGUCGACGACAACAUGCGUACCAUUUUCCGCUGGCGCGAGUGGGUCCUUCCGUCCACGCUCGGCAUCGUAAUCGAUGGCUCCACCUUUAACGGCCGCCACUACAUCUCCACUUCGCCGUCAUUUUGUCCUCUUGACGUGGUGGUCAAUCUCGGGGUGCAACGCCUAUUUGAUCUCAUCGCUUACACGCUCUCACGCUACAACAAGCCGUAUGAGGCUGUGAACUUCAUGGUUACUGACAACCACAGCGUGAACCAGUACGUUGGAAGCCGUGAAGGUGCUCUUCUUAUGGUCGACUGUGCAUCGCACAGGUUUCAUCUGGCUGGAUCCGACUAUCUGACCGGCUACGAGACUCUCCUGACGAGGAUUCAUGCGCUGAUGACCAAGCUGCGCAACAUUAAGGAUCGCGCGAUUCUUCGCCGUGUAACGGAACUGUCAUCUCUCCUACGUAAUGGCACCCGGUGGUCGAGUACCCAUGCCAUGGCCCAGCGCUAUACUAAACUUGGGCUAGCGCUCAAGGAGCUAAAGUAG